UUGAUCAUGUAUGCAUUUAGAAUAGUUGGGGGGAGAAAAAACACAUUGGAUGCUUAGCAUUUUCAAUAUGUAUAUACAGAGUUGAUUAGAGAGAAGGGGUAUGUAAUCCAUUUCGAUGGUGUAGCUAUUAAGACUGCAUGGGACAUCUUAAUUUGGAUGCCUUUUAACAAAAACUAAGCAACACGUUGCUAUAGCCAGACAACAAACUCCGUCAAACGUUAAUUGAUCACCCAUGAUUUUGAGGUUGUUUCUUGUCCAACCAUCACCUGUUUUUCCCACUUCUCUCUCUCGUUUCUCUCUUUUAACAUUUCUCUCUGCGGACGUCUUCUGGUUCCUCCACCGUAAAAAGGAGUAAAGGACCUACCAGAACCAAGCUGGAGAGAUUCAAUCAUGGGUUCCAUCAUCAUGGAGCCCGAUGACAUUGUUACAUACGCAGGGGAAACAGCGAGUCCGGUCAGAAACUUCACCACCAUUUGCACUGCCGUGGGGAGGACAGAUUCCAAAGGCAUAUUCAACCAUUCCAACCCUCUUGGUUACUCGGUUCCUCUUCUUUUAUUGGAGCUUUCUCUCGCUUCUCUGGCCAUCCUUCUCAUCUCUAGGCUCCUCAGGCCUCUCAACCAGCCCAUCGUCGUCUCACAAAUUUUAGGUGGUAUAAUACUUGGUCCAUCCAUUCUCAGCCGGAAUUUCACGUUUUCAAGCACCAUUUUCCCUCUGAGAGGCAUUAUACUUCUUGACGUGCUCUCUGGCUUCGGAUAUAUGUUCUACUUCUUCCUCAUUGGAGUUAAUAUGGAUCCUUGGGUGGUAAUGAAAAUAAACAAAAAGACGUCCGCUAUUGGGUUUGCUACUGUGGCUGUGUCCAUGCUUCUAAGCACUGGCUGGUCCUUCCUCAUGAAGCAAAAUGUCAGUUUAGACCCGAAUGUAGCCAAGUCACUUCCUGUGGUGGCGCAGAUGGAGUCUGCACUUUCCUUCCCGGUUGUAGCUUACUUCCUUUCCGAGCUCAAGAUCAUAAACUCUGAUUUCGGAAGAGUGGCAAUGUCUUCCUCAAUGGUUAGUAACUUGUGCAGUUUCUUUCUGGUAACAACAAGUGUUAUGUUGCAUCAAUCACCCCAUGACAGUUACCAAGCUCUGCAGACAAUUUCUAAUAGCAUCGCGGUUGCAGUUGCCGUCAUCUUUGUUAUUCGCCCUCUGGCUAUGUGGAUGAUUCGGCAUAACCCGGAGGGUGAACCAAUAAGAGAGAGCCAUGUAAUUGUGCUAUUUGCAGCAGUUCUUGUGACAGGAUUUUGUAGUCAGGCUCUUGGUUUGCAUAUUUACUAUGGACCUUUGAUUCUGGGGAUAACUAUUCCAGCGGGGCCGCCAAUAGGAUCAGCUCUGGUGGAGAAGCUAGAGCUCAUGACUUCUUGGCUGUUUAUGCCUCUGUUCUUUGUCAAAAAUGGGUUGGUGAUAAAUAUUUUUGCCCUUAGAUUGAAGAGCUAUCUGACAGUUCAAUCCACUGCCCUCAUGAGUGCAGUUGGGAAAUUCAUAGGAGCAUUUGUAGCAUCACUCUGCUGCAGAAUGCCAACGAUCGAUGCUAUCACUCUUGGCCUUGUCUUGAAUGCGCAGGGUGUGCUUGAGCUUGGCCUGUAUAAAAUGAUGAAGAAAAACAAGGCAAUUGACAACGAGUCUUUUGUGAUUAUGUGCACAUCGAUGGUAUUAGUACAAGGGGCAAUCACUCCCAUCAUAAAGAGUAUCUAUGAUACUUCAAGAAGGUAUGUAGUUUACAAAAGAAGAACUGUAAUGCACUCAAAACCCAACUCAGAACUCCGGGUGCUGAUCUGCAUACAUGAUCUGAAUAAAGUUCCUGCUGCUAUCAAUCUCCUCGAAGCCUUGAACCCCACAAAAAGAAGCCCUCUGUUUGUUUACGUAGUCCAUCUUGUGGAGCUUGUUGGCCGUGCAAACCCGCUCCUCAUCCACCACAAGCUAUCAAAGAGACCCUCUUCAAACGCCCGUACCUCGAACCACAUAGUGAAGGCUUUCCGAUGCUUCGAGCAGAACAAUGAGGGGCAUGUUUCAGUUCAUCCUUUCACUGCAAUCUCUCCUACAAAAACCAUGCAUGAUGAUGUGUGCACAAUUGCGCUAGACAAAAGGACUCAUCUUGUCAUAGUUCCUUUCUAUAAAACAUUCCAUUCCAGUGGAGCAAUUGAGUCCUACAGAAGGAAUGUCAUGAUGACAAAUAGGAAAAUGCUUGACAAGGCACCCUGCUCUGUAGCAAUCCUUGUCGAUCGCGGACUCCUGAAAAGUUCAAGACCUAUCUUGGAAAGUUGGUCUUCAUACCGGGUAGCGAUUCUCUUCCUGGGAGGACCUGAUGAUAGAGAGGCAUUGGCAUUAGCUACAAGGAUGGCUACCCAUCGCAAUAUCAACUUGACAUUGAUUCGGCUCCUUCAGAAUGGAAAUAUUACAAGUGAUGACACAAAGGAGAGGAAGUUUGACAAUGAAGUGGUGAGCGAGUUCAGGACUAGUCUGGCAGGACAUUAUCGAGUCAUGUACAUAGAAGAGGUGGUGAUGGAUGCAGCAGGAACUAUUGCUGUUAUUCGAUCAAUAGAGAACCAGUAUGAACUGAUAAUGGUGGGAAGACACCACGAUAGUCAAUCACCACUGAUUUCAGGUCUAGUGGAUUGGAAUGAACACAAUGAGCUGGGAGCAAUAGGUGAUGUGUUAGCUUCAGCUGAAUUCUUGAGAAAUACCACCAUCUUGGUCGUGCAACAGCUCACCAAUUUAGAGAAGGAAAGCCAUAAUACUCACACUAUAAACUUUAGAGACCAAACCACAGUAGGAGAGGAAACAGAAGAUGUGCCAAUUAAGAUGUGAACCAUGUAGUGCUACCAGACGUAGAUUGUAUCCUGCUAAAUGGCAGCUGACCACUGCAACAAUACGCCAAUUAGUUUCUAUCUUUCUAUGGUAGAUAAAGUUUGGUUUUGUAUGUCCGUGUUUCCUUCUCAACACACCCAAAGGCUAGUGGGAUGACCAAAGCCCAACCAAAAUUUUCAUAUCAGCCCAACUUGGACCCACUUGCUUUUGAAGCCACUGGGCUUAUAACCCAUAGGUGAUUCGUGAAGUAGAUAUUUGCUGUGCACACGCCCAUAC